CAACAUUAGCAAAAAUAAUUACAACAACCAAUAACCGCAAAUUAAAUAAAACGUAAACCAUAAUUAUGACAAAAUGAGCGACAAACAAACAAAACUAAAGUUGGCUAUGAGAAGCAACAUGCAGCUUAACAGAAGUUUAACAGUCAUGUUAAUAAUGCUGAUACCACAGUUUGUGAGUCUCAACAGUGGUCUCAAAACUGUAAAUGCCGCAACGGCUGCAGCAGCAGGCAGUACAUUUUGCCUAUACCAGGAGCAGAAUAGUACCCAUCGCAAAGAGUUGGGCGCUGUUUGGUUUGGCGCACGGGAUCCUUGCCUGGUGUACACAUGCGCAGCAGGUGUGGAGACAGAUGCCCCACAAGCCCACAUAGUCGUCACCCAGGUGGAUUGCAAUGAGUUUUAUUGCGAUGUGGGAUCUGAACUACGUAAAGUUCCUGGAAGCUGUUGCGGUGAAUGUGUUCGCACUCAUUGCCAGCACAACAAUACUCUCUAUAGUGUGGGUCAAUCCUGGCACAAUGAUGCCGACUGCACCCUGUUGGAAUGUGGACAACUUGAAAAUGGUCAAAUAAUCAUCAACACUUAUCAGCGGAAUUGUCCACCCGUAGACGAAAAAUGUCCGCAUAUAGAAACUCGGAACUGUUGUCCCAUUUGUCGACCUGUUCCUAUAGCACGGGCAGAGGAAUUUCAAGAGGAGAUAUCUGAGGAUAUUUGGACAGCGGAAUGGUAUAGGCAACAUCCUUGUGUCCGCGAAUGCCAGGUGAAUGGGGAGCCUAUGACCUGUCACUAUACAUUUGUUGUCGAAUGGUAUCAGACGUUCUCCAAGGCUUGCUAUGAUUGUCCACUCAAUCUCACAGACUGUGCACGUCAGCAUUGUGUGAUGGGCGAUGGCCUGGAACGAGGCAUUACCGUGGUGAAUCGCAUGAUGCCUGGUCCAGCAAUUGAGGUCUGUGAAGGUGAUCAAAUUGUGGUGGAUGUGCAGAAUAGUUUACUGGGUGAAAGCACUAGCAUACACUGGCAUGGCUUGCAUCAGAAGAGCACACCCUAUAUGGAUGGAACACCGCAUAUCACGCAAUGCCCCAUAACUCCACAUGCCACUUUCCGGUAUAGUUUUCCCGCCGACAACUCUGGCACUCAUUUCUGGCACUCACAUACGGGUAUGCAACGUGGGGAUGGAAUGUUCGGAGCCCUGGUCAUACGGAAACCGAAAUCAACGGAGCCUCAUGGAGGACUAUACGAUUUCGAUUUGAGUGAACAUGUGAUGGUCGUUCAAGAUUGGAUACACGAUGCGGGAGCUAGUAUAUUUGCGUUCCAUCAUCAUUCCCGUGGCGAUAAUAAGCCGCAUAAUUUGCUUAUCAAUGGCAGGGGACGUUAUUACAAUCGCAUCUGGGCGGAGGCCAAGCAAAACCAUCAAAGACGAACAGGUGCUCCAGCACAGAGGCAGCUGUUCCCCAAAUCUGAGGUGGAUGCAGUCCAAAACUUGCCGCGACAGGCUCGUCUAGCCAAAGCCAAUACCACCCGCCUGCAUCCGGUCAACUCGACAUCCAGUCAUUCACGUAAACGUCGAGGAAAUCUGAAUCAAAUUCCUCUGGAGCUGGUUCCCCAUCAAGUUUAUACCGUGCGACGCGGUUUUCGUUAUCGUUUUCGUCUAAUAAAUGCCGAGUAUCUCAAUUGUCCUAUUGUCUUGUCGAUGGAUAAACACAAUUUGACGGCCAUAAAUUCUGAUAGCUAUGACAUCGAAGCGAUGGAUGUGGGUUCCAUUGUUACCUAUUCCGGGGAACGCUUUGAUUUUGUAUUGAAUGCCAAUCAGGAGGUGGGCAACUAUUGGAUACGUCUCAAGGGCUUAAUGGACUGCAGCGAACUCUUCACCUCAGCCUUCCAGGUGGCGAUUCUACGCUAUGAAGGGGCACCUGAUGAGGAGCCAAGCGAAGAGUUGAGCUAUGCCCACAAGGCCGAGGGUAUAGAGCUGAAUGUUAUGAAUCGUGGACCUGGCUAUCCGGAUACCAAAACAGCAGCCGAAAUGCGUGCCUUGCCCAUCUAUGAUCACGUUUCGGGCAUCGACGAUGAUACGUUACAGCCGGAAGUGGACUACAAAUUCUUUGUUUACUAUGAUUUCUAUGCCAAGGAUAAUCCAGACUUUCAUUCACACGAUUUGUAUGGCAUGCAAAUGAAUCUGACACAACCGAAUCUGUUGUACACUCCACAAUUGAAUCAUAUAACAUUGGAAUUUCCAUCGUUGGCUUUGCUACCGUCCAGGCAUCUCUUGAGCGAUUCAGAUUUCUGCAAUGACACAAGUCUGGCAGAGCAGGGCAUCGAUUGCCGCACUGAGUUCUGUAAAUGUCAUCAUGUGCUUCAGGUUCCAUUGGGCGCCGUGGUGGAGUUGAUUAUAGUUGAUGAAGGAUUUACCUACUAUGCCAAUCAUCCCUUUCAUUUGCAUGGCAAUGCUUUUCGAGUUGUGGGCCUGGAGCGUUUGGGUGAAAAUGUUACUAUUGAAAUGAUCAAACAACUCGAUCAGUUUAAUUUGCUUAAACGCAAUCUGGAUAAUCCCCCAGUAAAAGACACGGUUACUGUUCCAGAUGGCGGCUAUACCAUCAUACGCUUUGAGGCCUCCAAUCCAGGCUAUUGGCUCUUCCAUUGUCACAUUGAAUUCCAUGCUGAAAUCGGAAUGGCCUUGGUCUUUAAAGUGGGCAAUGAUGAUCAAAUGCUUCCCGUGCCAGCAAAUUUUCCCACCUGUGGUGAUUACUCACCCGACAAUCGUGCCGAGGCCACAACUUCCCCCGAUGGCAGUUUUAGCAGUAUUUCUACAGCAGCCCCAGAUGAAAUGGACGAUGGUGGAAGUGCAGCUGUUAGCCUGUCUAUACCACUUCUGGUCCUUUUGGUCAGUUUAUAUUUAGUCUGAUGACACUUUAUUCUUGAGGCUGGCGCUCCGAUGACACUCUAACACAACUUGACUUGCCAAAAAGUGAGAAAAACCCCAAAAAAAAAAUGAAAAUUCAUCACUUUAGUGUUAUUAUUUAUUAAUUGGCAUCGUUAUGGAAUUUACUUGAGAAAUUGUUUAAAUUAAUAGAUUUUAAAUAAGUUAUAUCCUAGAUUAAAACAUCUGUGAUUGUCUAUCAAGCAGCAUAUUCUGUUAAUAAAUUAUUUGCAUAAUUACACUUAA